AAUGUAAGAGUAAGUAAGACAGAUACAUUCUGGAUAUGUUUUCACGCAAUGAUUUGUUUACACAGAUAUUAAAUAGAUUCCUUUGUAAAUACAUAUAAUGUAUAAUAUUUCAUAAAUAUUUUUGUCAAUGUGUAUGUUGGAUCAAAGUUUGCUGUAUAAUAAACAGUUUCAAUAUAGAAGAGGGAUAAUGAUGAUAAAAGUGGGGAAUUAUCUUAAAGAUAUAAUGAUGCUCUACUGUACAUGUACAAUCGCUUUUUGUUACUACAGUGAGAUGUACUGAUGUGGACUCAAUCGUGUCAAUAUGCAGUUCUAUAAAGUAUUAUUUUUUGCACUUUUAUUAAAAGUUGCAAAUAGUAAUGGAAUCAAUUAUGAAGAUGAAUUGAUAUUACGCUUUACCAAUGAAAUUAAUAAUUGGGUAAAAACAGGAGAAGAGUCUGAGGAAUUUCAACGUUUGCUCGAUAAUCUAACAAUUCCGACUAGUUUACAACAUGAAAAUUGGCAUAGUUUCACCGGUGAAAGAAGCACGGCUAUUUGCGUAAUAUGUCGCUCUAUUGUAGAUGUUUUCAUAGAAUCUCGUAAGAAAGGCAUGUCAGCAAAUGAUAUAAAAUCUAACGUAAUUAAGCUUUGUACUCGAAUGAAUAUUGAAACCGAGCGAGUCUGCAAUGGUUCGGUUACUCUUAAUUUGCCAACAAUUUUGUAUAUCAUAGAUGCAAAACCGAAUUUAACGGGAUCCACAAUUUGCGGAGUUAUAUUGGAGUCAAAAUCUUGCCCCCUUAUCAAUGAUGAGUUCAAUUGGACAAUCAAUAUUGAUAGUGGUCCUCCAAAAUUAAUCGAUGUUGACGAGAGCGAAGAGAUUAUAAAUAUAGUGCAAAUAACGGAUAUUCAUUACGAUCCUAACUAUGAACCUUACGGUAACGCGUAUUGUGAUGAACCAAUAUGUUGUCGAAAAGGACAAAAUAAUACAAAUAGAAGCAACGAAGUGGCAGGCUACUGGGGGCAUUAUAAUCAAUGCGAUAGCCCAUGGCAUGCCGUUGUUGAUGUUCUAGAACAAAUUAGGGAUACACAUCAAAAUAUCUCUUACGUUUAUUUCACUGGUGAUAUAGUAGAUCAUGGUGUUUGGGAAACCUCUUUCGAGGGAAAUACCGAGAGUAUUAACAAGAGCUAUUCUCAAAUUUAUGAAACAUUCAAAAAUAUACCUGUAUAUCCUAUUCUGGGUAACCAUGAGCCACAUCCUUUAAAUUUAUUCGCGCCUAAUACUAUCACUGAUAACGAAUUAAAUACACAAUGGCUAUAUAACAUGAUGGCUCGUUUAUGGAUCAAUUUUGGAUGGUUACCAGAAUCUACUCGUUCUACCAUUCUAAAAGGCGGAUAUUAUACGCUUUCACCUAAAAAAGGAUUUAGAAUUAUAGCACUAAACAGUAACGUAUGUUAUAGUUACAACUGGUGGUUGUGGUAUCAACCGAAAGAUUCUAACGGUCAAUUGCAGUGGUUAGCAGAUACGCUUUUGCAGGCCGAAAAAGACGGCGAGUUUGUGCAUAUAUUGGCGCAUAUCCCGGCCAAUAAGGAGUGUCAAACUACGUGGAAAAGGGAAUAUCUUAAGAUUGUAGAUAGAUACGCCCGAAUUAUUAGAGCACAAUUUAACGGUCAUACACAUAACGACGAGUUACAGUUGUUUUAUAGUAGCCACAAUAGUACAAUGAUAAAUAAUGUUGCUUGGAAUGGCGGUAGCACAACUGCUUUCUCGAAUUUAAAUCCCAACUAUAAGCUAUAUAUUGUUGAUAGCAAAAAUUAUGCAGUAAAAGAUAUAGAGAACUGGAUGUACAAUUUAACUUUAGCAAACGAGAACGCUGCUCAACGGCCAUUAUGGUACAAGUCGUAUUCAUUUAAAGAGGAAUAUGAUAUUCCCGACUUGUCAUACGAUUCGUUACACAGUAUGCUAUCUAAACUAGCACAUGAUGACAAUCUGUUAAGUCGCUACUAUAGGAACUUUUUCAAACGUGCUGAACCAUCACUGAGAAAUGAGUGCAAUAUGGAAUGCAUGAGAACUUACAUGUGUCGUAUAAUUACAAGCCUAGGGGAUCAAGCAAAAUAUUGCAAUUAAAUAUGUUAUUUAAGAAUCAGUAUUAGUAUCUUGGAUUUAUAAUUAUAGAUAAUUAUCGAUUUGAUUUGAUGCAAUACUCUAUUGUAAUAAAAAUACUGUAAAAAAAGUAUUUUUAAAGAGAAAAUAACACUUUGCAAAAAAAAACAACGUCCUAUAUUUAUUACUACAUUUUUUACAGUAAUUUUUUAUUGUAUUAUUAUGAUCUGUAUUUACAAGUACGCAUUUCGAUAACUCAUCUAUUAAAUAUAUAUAUAUUAACACUGU